AUGAAGAAGAAGAAGAAGAAGGUCGGUGUAGAGGCAAGCGAGCCAACUCCGGAGCUCGCUGAAGUAUCUCAACCCACGCCCGCGUCACCUCCUUCUCCUGAGCAGGAAGUCACCCAACCGGCCCCUGUCGCGUUACCCGUAGAAGAGCCGAUCAGCUCUGGAGUUGCCACCCCCGUAGACAUUGAGAGAGCUCCUACGGACGAUGUGGACCUGUUUGCGGAUAUGAAAAAGAAGAAGAAGAAGAAGAAGGAGCUCCCUCUUGACCUAGUAGAAGCCCCUGGGCCUGCCCCUUUAGAUGGUAUCGAUGUUCCUAUCAAAAAGAAGAAAAGCAGAAAACAGGCACUGGAUUUUGCAAAAGAGUUGGAUGACUUGGAUGGUGAAGGUGAAGAUGCGCCAGUGCCUGACGACUUGGAUGGAGAUGCCGGAGAUGACUUAUUCGAACGUCCACAAGAAAGUCAAGCCGCUGAGAGCGGGCAAGAGGCAUGGGUGUCAGAGGGACGUGACCCGACAUAUGCGGAACUUCUCGAUAGAUUCUUCCGCCUUCUUCACCAACAUAAUCCAGAGCUCGCCGGCGACAAGAAGCGGUAUACCAUCGUUCCCCCUCAAGUCGCCAGAGAAGGUACAAAGAAAACCGUCUUCUCCAACAUUUACGACAUCUGCCGAAGAAUGCAUCGACAACCCGAACAUCUCAUUCAAUUCUUGUACGCCGAAUUGGGCACACAAGGUUCGGUCGAUGGUGCUCAGCGACUGAUUAUGAAGGGGAGAUAUACACAGAAACAGAUCGAGAAUGUACUGCGGAAAUACAUCACCGAGUAUGUCACCUGCAAAAUCUGCAAGUCGCCCGAUACGUUACUGGGCAAGGAGAACCGUUUGUAUUUCAUGACGUGCGAAUCUUGUGGAUCUCGUCUGUCGGUGUCGGCCAUCAAGGCAGGUUAUCAAGCGCAGAUCGGGAAGAGAAUCAAGGCCGCUUAA